AUGUCUUAUUCUUCCUUCAAUACUCAGAUGUACAAGACUUGGUUGUACAACAACAAGAAAAAGAAGGAAAGGAAGAACAUCCUGAAGUAUGGGAGGAAAUGGACACCUAGGAUGGUGAUCUACCAGCAGAAGUGGGAAGAGGUGCUAAAGAGGAUCGAGGACAAGUCAGAGGCAAAGCCAGGAGAUCCGGAUAUGUUCAAGCAUUAUCAGGCUGCUGUGAAGGGAGUCAUGGCUGAAUUGUCCAACGACGAGUUGGAGAAGGCAAAAGAAACGGCCGAAGAAUGGUCCAAUAACUAUCCUCCUCCCGAGAUACAAGCACAGGUCGCCCAAAUGAAGGGACCUGCAUAUAUGGAGCACUUUUCAAACAAAAUGUGGAGGCAAUGCAGGAUGAGAGUUUUUGUGUUGUCAGCCUGGAAGAAUGAACAGGGAGAGGUGCUGUUUGGGAUGCAUGAUGAUAACGAGGCAUUGGGAGAUGGGGACAGCUUCAUAAAGAUGAAGGACUGGGAGGACAUCGAGCCAGUUUGGUGCUGGGGCAAGGGAUGGAGGCCGACAGGUGAAGGGAGGUCACAAAAGAAUCUGAAAACCAGCCUUCGAGCUCGAAACUGA